UUUUUCCCGAAAAAGAGUGCAUUUGUUGAGUUGUGUGGGUUCUUUUCUGGUUUUGUUUGUUUUCUUAAGGUUUUUUUAAGCUCUGUGUUUGGAUAUUGAUAUCAGUUACCAGGGAAGUGCUAUAGUCGGUUUAGCUGGAACCAGUCGCCUUUUCCAGGACUCUGGGGAUGCAGAUGGACUGAGGUGGCAGUCUCCGAGGUGAUAGAGGUGGGAACCUUCAAGGGAACUCUAAACGUGAGGAGAUGAAUCUGCGUGUUAUCAAAUCUGCUGCUCAAAGGGAAAGUCUGUCCCCUGGUGCCACUGAGCUCCCAGGACGGAAGGUCUAAAUUUCCUUCUGCCACUCGGGCACCAUCUGGAAGUCUCUGGCAAAGAGGGAAAAUAGCCUUCCCUGAUUAAUUUUUCAGACCAUACCGAGAUAAAACUGAUGUUUGUCCCCCUUGUGUCGUGUCCGUCGGUCAGACUGCCAGGCUGCAGUAAUAGCAGAAGAUAAGCACUUUGCACACAAGUGGACGCGGCUGCCAGGCGGCGCCGGCACCCAUGCCAUGCGAUUAACCAGAACCAAGCCACUCCCUGAAACGACUUGCAAGGAAGGCAAAUGUUUUUCUAAGAGCUGAGAAAGAAAGUUUCCAGGGGAGUUACUUUUUAGCCAGAAACACCUCUGAGUCUUUGGUCAUGAAACCAAACAGUAUCAGGCUCAGUCCAUACCUGGAUAAGAUACAUUGAAGAAAAGCAGGUCCAGGAACUGGACUUCAAUGAUUCUUGUGGAUCUCUUCUAACUCAGCAUGUUCUAUGAUUCUACGAUUUAAUUAAAUGUGAUCAAGAGCAGUCAUACUGAACAGAUGAUCUCUGAAUCACCACCACUUCGGAAGUAAACAUCUGAGAUCAGACCAGGGGAGUGAAAAUCCUGGUGAUGGCCUGUCUCCAAGAGCUGGAAAACCUUGUAUCGUGCUCCUAUGUAAUGUGCAUAGAGCAGUUUGGAGAGAUUCCACUUCCCUUAUUUCCUUCAGGGAGCUGUUAAAAUUCCACCUCUGCUUUCCUUCCACAACCCCUCCCAGAUGACCUGCUGUGCCAUUUGAGGUCCCUACUAUGGCAUCUAUUAUAGAUCACAAAGAAACCAAAUCAUUUCUGUAAGAAAUAUAUCAUUUCUAUGUUCUUUGAUAUGUCCUUGUCAUUUAACAGUGAUCUAAAUCUCUGGGGACAUUGCUGAACAGAUGACAGAGCAAGAAUUAACACAAUUCUUAAACAUAUUUUUGGGGAAUACAUAUUGGAAAUUGGAGAGUUGGGAGUACAAAGGCACUGGUUUAGGAUUUCCAAGGAAGUGGAAAAUUAAGUUCUGCCACAGAUUCAAGCUCUGAAAGCAGCUUUCUUUCCUCCUAAAAAAAAGAAAAAAAAACAACCAACCAACCAAACAAACAAACAACCCAAAACCAAACAACAACCAAAGAAAUUGACUCAGAAGGAAUAAUACAUUUCUACAUUUGUUCCUCAAAAAUUCAAGGCAUGAAAAAUGCUGUUCCCAAGAAUGAUAAGAAGAGACGAAAACAGCUGGCAGAUGAAGUUGCCAAACUAGAGGCAGAACUUGAACAGAAGCACAAGGAGGAAUUAAAGCAGCUGAAGGAAGCUUCACUUGAACAGAGUAAGACAGAUUCCAUAGCUGAUGGGGUUGCAAAUAUAGAGCUUGAAGGAGUAGAGCAGCAGAUUCAGCAUCAUCGAAUAUCAAAAGCACAGAAGAGGCGGGAGAAAAAAGCUGCUUUGGAGAAAGAAAGAGAAGAAAGAAUAGCUGAAGCUGAGAUACAAAAUUUAACAGGUGCUAGACAUCUUGAAAGUCAGAAACUUGCCUCCCUAUUGGCAGCAAGACACUUAGAAAUUAAGCAAAUCCCUUCAGAUGGCCAUUGCAUGUACAGAGCUAUUGAAGAUCAGCUUAAGGAUCACCAAAAUUCCUGGACUGUUGCAACUCUGAGGAACCAAACCGCAAAGUAUAUGCAAAGUCACUUUGAUGACUUCUUGCCUUUUCUUACAAACCCUAAUACUGGAGAUAUGUAUAGCAGAGAGGAAUUUGAGAAAUACUGUGAUGAUAUAGCAAAUACAGCUGCAUGGGGUGGUCAGCUGGAACUAAGGGCUUUGUCACAUAUUUUGCAAACACCUAUUGAAGUAGUGCAAAUGGAUUCUCCUCCCAUUAUUGUUGGUGAAGAAUAUUCAGGCAAACCAAUAACACUUGUGUAUAUGAGGCAUGCCUAUGGAUUAGGAGAACAUUACAAUUCUGUGAAAGUUCUGACAGACACUCCUACAGAAAACAGCAGCUAGCAUAUGAAAGUUGUACAUUCACAUGGAUAACAGUUGCAUCAUUAUGUGUUGGGCUCCAGGAAGUUGCCAGUAAGACUGGAAAGUAAAUGGAAUGGAUUAUAAAUUUAAAAAAAUAAAAAAAAAAAAAAGAGACCUUCAAGGCUUGGCUAUAAAUCAGAGAGGUCUUGAUCUGAAACAAAACCAAACCAAAACAACACAACAGUAUUUUGAAUUUGUUGGUAUUAAUUAUGUUUAGAAGAUCUUCUGUAAAAUGGUGGCUGUGUAGAUCAGGUUUGUUUCAAUAGAGCUUCCUCCCAGUUCUGCAGGGAAAAUAGCAAAUAAUAAAAAUCUGUUUUGGUUAAUCUGCAUUUAUGAUGAAGAUUUAAGGUUACCUGAAGGUCCCUGUUCCAUUAUUUCUGUCAGAUUUUCACAAUAAUGGAAGAGUUCAGGCAUUUGAAAUAACUGAUGGUAUUUUGGUUAUGGAGUAUCCUCUGCAGUGUUUCUGUAGUCCUGUCAGGAUCUAAUAUCAACAGUAUAGUAUUGAUUCCCUUCUUUAUUUAGGCAGAGAAGAUCUGGAGAUAAAUCCAGCAGCAGAAUAUCUUGCUUAGCUGAAGGAAUUGCACAGUCUUUUUAGAGACUUUCAUGUAAGAUUUUUACCAAGGUUUGAUGUAGGGUUGUUUUGUUUUUUUUUUUUUGCAGUUGAGGGUAGAAAUUCAACUCUUGUGCAGGAGGAGCAUUGUUAUUUAUGAUUGCACAUUAUGCUGUCAGUGCAAGCUAACUGCACUCUUCAUUCUCCAUAGUCUUUCAGCUGUGCAUUUUGGUGAAUCAGAAAUCUUACAGAGCUCACUUCAGGUAGUGGAACUCAUCUGAACACAUAAUUUCUGGAUCUGCUGAUCUAAGCACUUUGUCAUCUAAAGUGUGAUGUUUUAUAAUACUUGAAACAGCUGGUUGCACACAGCUGUAGAAAUAACCACCUUGGGUUUUGUCAGUAACUAAAGAUGAUCUGAAAAAAAUUGCAUUUAUUUUAAUUGCUUCUUAUGGUGCACAGAGACUUGAGAGGUUUUAAUAUGGCUUGACUUUAUACAUUAGAAAUGUAGAUUGUUGUCUGUAAAUGUGACUUCAAAAUUAGGAGCAUACCGAAACCAAAGUUUUAAUGCAAAUGUUUUUUAACAAGAAAAGUAAUUUUUAAAUUUUUUUUAAAGCCUUAGUCAAUAAAAGAAUUGUCUGUAUUUUACUGCUGCUGAGUUGGUUUGGAGAAAAGCGGUUCAUGAAAAGAUUGAACACCUUUGCCCUGGUUUGAGGAUUAUGACCUAACAGUAUGUAUCUUGUAGUCCUUCAGUAAAGCUAGCCUGCAGACUUACAUUCCUGGAACUUAGAAAAAUUUUCUCUUACUUAAGAAGGAGAUAAGUGAUCACUUUAUGGGUCAGAUUAUGUCUGAUUUAAAGCACUUUGGGAGAGAGAGGGUAAAAAAAAAAUCAGAUAAUUACAGCAGGAGUUUUUGGACAAGCAGUUCUUUAGGCUGGUGCCUGCUGGAAAACAAACUAUUAACCAGAUCAGGAGUUUUUACAUUCUUAUUUAUCUGUUAUAGUAUAACAAAUAUAGCUGGUUUAUAUACUAAACCAGCUGGCUUACUGUAAAAUUUGGUUUACUACCUUGAUUGUAUUAAAUGAUGGUUUUCAUUUCAAACAAAAAAAAAAAAAUAGGAUACAACAGCAUGGAAAAAUGUUUCUAUUCAUAUUACCAUUACAAAUUUCACUAAAAAAAAUAAAUAGUACUGUUCUCUGCAUUGCUUAGAAUUGAUGUGAUAUAAAAUGCACAUGCUGCAUUUUAUAGCUGGCAGUUCUUUGGUUUAUUUGGGUUUGAGUUUUGUUUAAUUGAGAGAGAAAAGAUUCUAGAAUCAGGGAAAACCUGUACCGAGAGUUUGUCAUGUUGAAGAUGUUUACAGUUUGUAUAAAGUUAACUAAUUUAAUACAGUGAGUGAAAGAUCCUUGCUUAUGCUGUAUGGGACUUGCCAAAAAGUAAUAAAUUGGUUUAUUUGUGGCAAA